CUCGGCCAACUCGACAGUGGGCCUUAACGGCACAAACAAGCAAGCGACAAGCCGUGGCCCAUCACAUUGAUGGAACGGCUGCAACAGAUAAGAAGGCCCGUCGAUGGUGGCCACUUGGUCGGGUUGGGGUUCCGCUCUGUUCUUCGACGGUUGUCCCCGACUCCCUCUUUUCCCACCGUGCCAUUCCCCUGCCCGAUCCCAAGAACCCUUGCUGCAGCCGGCGAAAGCAAGGAGAAAGCGAGAUAGAUCUAGGAAAGCAAAAGCAAUAAUCAAGCAUCCUUUGGUAAUCUGAGGUAGUGCGAGUUCGUUACGAAGCCAUUUCCUGUAGAAUCUGGAGGUUGCUAGGGGGGAGAGGGGCUGUUGUUGCUGUUGCUGAGAUGAGCUACGGAAGCAGCUCGAUUGCUUCAGGUGCUAAGACUGCUGCAAGGGCGUUUGACUUUGGAAGGACCCAUGUGGUCAGACCUAAGGGGAGGCACCUGGCCACUGUUGUGUGGCUUCAUGGCCUAGGUGAUAAUGGAGCAAGCUGGUCCCAACUCCUGGAAACCCUCCCUCUUCCAAAUAUUAAGUGGAUAUGCCCAACUGCCCCUACCAGGCCUGUAGCAGUUUUUGGUGGAUUUCCUUCAACUGCUUGGUUUGACGUUGGGGAUCUGUCAGAGGAUGGCCCUGAUGAUGUUGAAGGAAUGGAUGCAUCAGCUGCACAUGUUGCAAAUUUAUUGUCGACAGAGCCUGCUGAUAUCAAACUUGGCGUUGGUGGCUUUAGUAUGGGUGCUGCCACUGCCCUGUACUCUGCAACUUGCUGUGCUCAUGGAAAAUAUGGAAAUGGCAAGCCCUACCCUGUCAAUCUAAGUGUUGUUGUUGGUCUAAGUGGCUGGCUUCCAUGCGCGAGGAGUCUGAAGAGAAAGUUGGAAGGUUCCCAAGAUGCUGCAAGACGAGCUUCAUCCUUGCCUAUUUUACUUUGCCAUGGAAAUGGAGAUGAAGUGGUGUUAUAUAAACAUGGUGAGAAAUCUGCUCAGGUUUUAAAAUCAAGUGGAUUUGAAAAUGUUGCACUCAAAACAUACAAUGGGCUUGGCCACUAUACUGUCCCUGGAGAGAUGGAUGAUGUCUGCAAAUUUCUUACCACGGUGCUGGGACUUGACAGAUCUCAUUCUUAAUUAAAGAUCCAUCAUGAAUAAGUGUGCUAGAGUUAGAUAAUCACAUUGUUAAUUCAUAAUUUUGGUUUGGGCUUUAUGGUAAAAUUUGUGUGCCAUCACUCUUUUAUCAACUUGAUAGAAUCCAAAUGAUCUCUACACACUCAUAGCUCUCUUUUUUAAUUACCAUAUUAGUUUAUUUA